CUCCGCCCCGCCGGGCGCCGCUGCCAUAGCGAUGCGGCAGCGGGCAGCGGCCGGGACGCGCGGCGGCGGCAGGGGGCCCCGGCUCUCCCCAGGCAGCGCCACCUGAGGAGCUCAGCUCACCCAGUCGAUGUGAAGGCAAGGCAGACAAAGGUGCAGCAGAUGAAGGGGAAGCAGCGAGGUCAGCUGGAGACAGCAGUGUUGCUUUGAGCUACCCCAGCCUCCACCUUCAUGCCUACAGCAUCGAGAGCAUGACAACAUUUCCGAAUGGCUGUGGAAAUGGCACCACCGUUAGUUGUAUAGUUAUGGAUAAUAAAGAGCCCCAAAACCAGACUACCUGUGCCAGUCAUAAUGGGGGACACAGCAACAGCAACAGUCUUGAGGAGGAAUUUCAAGAGGACAAGCUCAGCCCUUCCAAAAUCAUGCGUUUUUUCACCACCUCUCGGAAACGGGCUAAUUCCAGCUCUGACAGGCCUCGUUCUCUGGUUCUGAUGGGCAACUCAUCCACGUGGAAUGCCUUUUCUUCUAUCAGAAAGAUGGGAUCUUUCAAGAAGUUGAAAUCUUCAGUUCAGCAAGGAACUGAAACAAGGGAAUGCUCAGACAUAGUAAAUGAGAACAUCAUAGGCAAACAUGGUUCAAAUGGAGCAGUGGUGCGAGUUCAGACUAACAGGUAUUCCUAUUCAGGACCUGUACAUGAUUUCGAGAAUGCAGUGGAUGGUUUAGCUUCUGACUUCUCUGAUGUGGAGGAGAGCGAUGAGUCCUUCCUGAGGAACACUCAUCGCUCACGCAGCAUCAGGCGGGCUUAUGGUGCUGGCCGCAUAAACUUGUUAGACACAGAUAAAGUUCAGAGUCGUCACAACUAUGUUAGGCCAACAUCACCUGUCAUUGCAGAGCCAAAGAUCUGUGAAAUUUUGGUGAAAGACUCCGAAAACAACAGGAUCAUUUAUUGGAGAAGCAAAAGUUCAGAUAAUUUGAACUUUCUGAAGAAAAGCUCAUUCAAACGGAAGUCCACCUCAGACCUCGCUGAUCUGAAGGUUGCAAAUGAAAAACAGAUGCCAGCAAGGACUGUGCGUGUUGCUUCUGCUGACUCUGACAAAAGUGGUGGAAACCCUGAGAGGCGAUCCAAGCGAUGGAAGAGCCCUAUCAGAGCAAAGGAUUUUGACCGCGUUUUGAAACUUGUCAGUAACGUUACAGAUGUUGCAAGGAAGAAGGAUGGCCCCAAGAACGUGGCUCCUUCUUCCAGCGAGCUGUCCCAGAGAACAAGGUCAAACAGCAGGCUGCACGAUGACUACUCCCGUAGGGUUUCCAGCAGCACAGAUCAUGACAGGAAGAGAUGCACCUCCUCGGUAUCCAGUCCAGACUCUUCCUUGCCGGGAACACCUUGCCUGCAAAGCCCUGUGAUUGCUCAGGAUAAAAAGGCUGAAAUGAAUGUAGCUGUCACUGAGGAUAAAAACCUCAGGAUGUCAUCAGAUAUCCCAGACUCUGAUAGCUUUUCACCUACUCUGGAUGACAUUAGUCCAUUUCCCAAUGAAGUCUUUUAUUCAGACUCAGAUGAACCAAAACCUACUCAGCAGUGUACAGAUGAAGCCGGAAACCUUCAUGUUCCAGUCAGGCCAACUACUCCAAAGCCUCAAAGUCCAACUGCAGGAAAGGUCAAGUGCAGUACGAAUUUCCAGUGUCCAAACCAUCACAGCACAUUGUCGCUGAGCUCAUCGGAGAGCGAGGAGAGAGUUGAGCUACUGGGGCUGAAGCUGGUCAGGAAUCCUGUUUGCUUCCAGGACUCAGUGCAAACUGUGUAUUAUGAUGAUGGAAAUGAAGACAGUGGCAUAAGCAGCCACUCUCAGCUGAGCCUCAAUUUAGCCUCUGGUACUGAAGAGAAAAAGGAAGAGGUUGUUUCUGAUGACCACUGGAAGAAGUCCACAUCCCAGGAUGAAGAAAAGGCAGACUCACAAAAGGUCACACCCAGGAAAUGGGGCUCUGGAAAAAGAUCCCGGCCCAGACCUCUCUCAGACUAUGGCCAAAUGUCGAUCCGAAGUUUCUCUAUACCAGAAGAUGCAGUUGCAGUGGAGUCUCAGAAGAUAGACUGCACAGAUGGAGAAAAUCAGCCAGGACUGGCUUCCGUUGGGCCUGUGAUCCAAAGCAAUACUGUAGGCUACCACAGAGGGAGAAAAAGAAGACCCAUCUCUGUAAUAGGUGGGGUCAAUUUCUAUGGAGACGAUCAAGUAGAAGAGAGAGAAAAUCUGCUGACACAACCUGUGGCACGGCCACCUGUUCCAGCACACAAGGUGCCCCCAUACAAGGCUGUUUCAGCCAGGUUCCGGCCACUCACCUUCUCACAAAGUACCCCCAUCGGUCUGGACCGGGUGGGACGGAGGCGGCAGAUGAGAACAUCUAAUGUUGCUGCAGAUGGUGGGACUGAAUCUUCAGCCUUAGUGGAUGACAAUGGCAGUGAGGAAGAUUACAGCUACGAGGAGCUCUGCCAAGCUGCUCCCAGGUACCUGCAGCCCGGAGGGGAGCAGCUAGCAAUUAAUGAGCUGAUAAGCGAUGGCACCAUCGUCUAUGCAGAGGCUCUCUGGGAUCAUGUCACUAUGGAUGAUCAAGAGCUGGGCUUCAAAGCUGGAGAUGUCAUUAGAGUUCUAGAAGCUUCCAACAAAGACUGGUGGUGGGGAAGGAAUGAGGACAAGGAGGCCUGGUUUCCAGCUAGCUUUGUCAGGCUGCGAGUUAAUCAGGAAGAAGUGCCAGAAAAUUGUGGUAAUAUCCAGGAUGAAGAACAAGAUUCAGAUAUUAACAAACAUCGCCAGAAAAUAGCUGAAAACAGGGAUCAGAUGAGAACCAACGUUAUACAGGAAAUUAUGAAAACAGAACGUGUCUAUAUCAAGCAUCUCAAGGACAUCUGUGAGGGUUACAUUCGGCAGUGUCGCAAACAUACAGGAAUGUUCACCACAGCUCAGUUAAGCACCAUUUUUGGAAAUAUUGAAGAUAUUUACAAGUUCCAAAGGAAGUUUCUGAAGGAUCUUGAGAAACAGUACAACAAAGAGGAACCUCAUCUAAGUGAAAUAGGGUCAUGUUUCCUUCAACAUCAAGAAGGCUUUGCUAUUUAUUCAGAGUAUUGUAACAAUCAUCCCAGUGCCUGCAUUGAACUCUCCAGACUGAUGAAGCAGGGCAAAUACCGCCACUUCUUCGAGGCCUGUCGCUUGCUUCAGCAGAUGAUUGACAUUGCCAUUGAUGGUUUCCUUCUCACGCCUGUUCAGAAAAUCUGCAAAUAUCCUUUGCAGCUUGCAGAAUUGCUCAAAUACACCACUCAGGAGCACAGUGAUUAUAGCAACAUAAAAGCUGCAUAUGAGGCCAUGAAGAAUGUGGCGUGCCUGAUCAAUGAGCGAAAACGGAGACUAGAAAGCAUAGACAAGAUUGCCCGUUGGCAAGUCUCUAUCGUAGACUGGGAGGGACCAGAUGUGUUAGCCAGAAGCUCUGAACUGAUCCACUCAGGAGAACUGACCAAAAUAUCAAAACAAGGCAAAAGCCAGCAGAGGACUUUCUUCCUUUUUGACCAUCAGCUUGUGUUCUGUAAGAAGGACUUGCUGAGAAGGGACAUCUUGUAUUACAAGGAUCGUAUUGACAUGGACGAGACAGAAAUUGUGGACACCGAAGAUGGGAGAGACAAAGAUUUUAACAUCAGUGUCAAGAAUGCUUUUAAGAUAAUAAACAGAGCAACAGAAGACGUUCAUUUGUUCUGUGCAAAAAAACAGGAGGAUAAAAAGAAAUGGAUGGAGGCAUGUGAAAAUGAAAGGAGAAGAGUUAGAGAAGACAAGGAAAUGGGUAUGGAAAUCUCAGAAAACCAGAAGAAACAAGCCAUGCAGAAUGCCCGUAAGUCAAGGCAAGGAAAAAUUAAAGGUGUGAGCUAUAAUGGGUGUCCCAUGCCUCCUCCACACCAAACCCUUCAUCCCCUACACCAGCGACAUAUCACCGUGCCUACCAGCGUCCCACAGCAGCAGGUCUUUGCCCUGGCAGAACCCAAGCGGAAGCCAUCCCUCUUCUGGCAUACCUUCAACAAACUCACUCCCUUUAAAAAGUGAGGGGCCGAGGACCUGGAAGGACAUCAGCACAGAGGGAGACUCACUCCAGAGGAGGACCUUGGAGACACAGUCAAGCUUACUUGAGCUCAGCAUAUCUCCUGUUUCAGAGGCAGAACCUUGGGUUCCCAUGAGCCAGGAAUGCAGCCUUUGAUAAAAAAGAAGUUUGUCAGGGCUGCUCUGAAGUCCAUGUUGCCAAGUGUCAGCGUUGCUGAUGAAGAGCAGUCUCUCUUCUGACAAAGACAAUUUGCUGUUACUCAGAAACAGCAGUAUUUGAUAUCUGUUUCUUAGUUAUGUUGAAAUAGUGAUGGAAUCAUGCAGGUCAUCGUAACAUUUCAUUUUUCUUAACCUUAUAUUGACAGCCAAAUUUUGGAUAGGGAGGAAUUUUUCUGUAGGGAUGUAUCAGGAAGGAGUCUUAAGAGAAUUUUCUCCUUCCUUCUGGAGCACUGAGCACAGAUCACCCGUUAAAAUCAGGUGGAGAUAUCCCAUGCAAUUAACCAGCUAUUGCAGAAUUGAGUGGACCUUAAUCCUUCCUGUCUUUUUUCUAUUACAUUGCCAAACAGCAGGACAACAUCCCACAAGGCCUUACCAUAUUCCAGAUUGGAACAGGGAAAUUUUAUUCUGUCCUAUAGAAACAUGAACAGAGUGUGAAAUGGAUUGUAAAGAUAUGUGCAUUUAUUGCACACAGGUGGAAGCAAGAGGAGCCCAGGGCAUCUCAGAUUGAUUAAUUUCAGUCAGAGCAGAUGCAUGCAUGUAUGCUCUUCAGUAUAGAGCUUUCACAUUGCUUUUUCACGCAUUUCUUCACCUGGGAGACUCUUUGUAUUUCCAAUAUGUUUAUUUCUCUGUGUAAAAAAUACAUUUUUAUUUUCUCACAGAGAUAAUGUGAAUGUACAAAAUCAGAGUUGAGACAGUACAUGGUGACUGUGUGGCUGGCUAUGUUACAUAGAUAUCAUGCUUUUUAUUCAUAUAGCUGGACUUAGAAAAUGAAUAAAUUGUCAUGUAAAUAUAUUGAAGUGGUCUGGAUCCAUGCUUCUUGUACACAUUCAAUUAACAAUGGGUUUUGACCUAUAACUUCUUCAAAAAGAAAGAGAAAUCCUUACUGGAAGGGACAGAGAAAUUAUGUGGACCAGAGACAAAUUUUUGUCUUGGUGUCAUCAGUCCCCAUUGGAAGAGGAAGAACCUGAUUUGAUUAAGGUCAGUUCUGGCCAAUAUAUGCAAUCCAUGAUUUGCAUUUCUUCAAUUCCUCUGUGGGUGGCAUGAAGUUGAUUUGGGAGAAUAACUUCUAAAAAGGCACCAGGAAGAAAGAGGAUCCUGAUAUUUGUCGCACUCAUAGUUUCUGCUUGCUUGCUCUCAUCAAGGAUGACAAGACCGCUGGGAAUAUGGAAGGAAAUGAAGACUCAAUAUGUUUCAGAACUGAUUUGCUAUGAAUGUCUUUACAAUACUUUAUCCUAUGCUGCUGAUUAGGGGCAUUACCUGAUGAUUAGGGUAGAUCUAAGGGUAUUCUUUGACAAUGGGCACAAUCAGCUUUCUCAUGGAUCUGUAAUAUAUGAAAAACAAACAAGGGGCUAAACACCAGGCAUUUAAACAACAAUGUAAAAAAGCCUUAUUUAUAGAUGUAUUUGUUUCUACUACUAUUGUUACCUCCGUAUUUUUAUUUAUCAUCAGUGUUGUGAAGCCCACUAGUAACUAGGUUUUGUGAUUUCAUAACUGUGGCCAUUGCUGCAAAGCCCAGGUUUGUGGUUUUGACUUUAAAUUACAUCUUUUUGACAACCGUACAUUUCAAAUGCCUUGUGUAUAUAGCUCAGCAAUAAGGCAAAGUCUGGUACGCUUAGCCAAAUUGUGCCCUGCAUAGUAGAUUUCAUUGCUUGUGCUUUCCCAUAGCAAUGGGAAAUGACCUAAGCUAGUUAAGAACUAUAAGUGCACACUGACAUUUAUAGUGAUCCAGCUGAAAGAAAAUGCACAGGGAAGUCAGUGAAAAAAGCUCCUUGUAUAUUUCUCUUGAUGUUUAAGCCAGCCAUUGCUGCUCAGAUUUUUUUAAAUAGAUAAUUGUAAAUGCUCAAUUUAAACACAAGGAGCAGACUUCCAAAUACAGGCAUGGAUGCAUACCCUUCCCCUCAAAUUAGUAAGCCUUUUGCAUUUCUUACAUACCCAGUUUUGUGGGUACUUGCCACGUUCAGGCCUGUAAACCAAUGAGAUGCAUGUACAGUUUGAGUGAAGAUGAUGUUUUUUGUAAUCACAUUUUGAAAUACUUGUUCUAAGUGCAAAAGAAGGCUGCAGUUGGAUUGUAGUGGUCACCCAGAAACUUUGCCAGUGGGCCGAAAGACUUAAGAGAUCCACACUUACAUAUGUGUCUUCACUGAAACCUACUUCCUUCCAGCACUCGGUUCUGUGGGGUGCUGGAAAAAAAAAGUUUGGGGAUCUUAUUUCUGACAUGUCAGUGCCCAUGAAGGCUCUUCCCAUGUAUUAGUGCUGGUGCCUUAGCCCUAAAAAUGAACAAAAAUGUUUUCAUAUGAUUUUGGAUGCAGCAAGUUUUUUCUCAAGAAGUGAAUUUCAAAGAGAUAAAAAGAAAAUAUUUCAUGGUGCAGAUUACUCAGGACAGUUUUACAUAUAGCACCCUUCAUAUAGAUACAGUUGUUUUGUAAUGCUCUCUCUGUCUUUGCAAUAUGACCUUGCUACAGAUUUAAGAUCAAAUAUAGUAAGACAGACCAAAUUUAUACUAUGUCAUAGUCUUUAAACAAAUUAUAGUGAAAUGAAAACACGCAAUUAUAUUAUUCUACAAUUAAGACAAAUACUUACUCAGGAGUCAAAGCGUCACUUCAGAGUCUGUGUGAAGGAGUUGCAACUAAAAUGUAGAAGUUUGAAUUCUAGCAACUCUUGGCCCGAUUCUCCUUCUGGUGACAAAACUUAAUAUAUAGCAGAAAGCUGUGAUGGCAGCAUCUGUUCUUUUCCACUUGCAUGCUUUAAGUUACUAUAAAAAGUUCUAGGGCAACUACUAAGAAUAUUUGUGCCUCAUUUUGAUAAAGCCCAGCCGGAGCCUUCCUGAUGGCCUGCUGAGCAGAUAACCUCAGACUUUUUGCAUGAGAUGCAGUAAAAUAUAAUUGUCCUCAAAUGUGUUCCCACUGAGUUAGGAAAUGCCAAACCAUAAUUGCAUCCAACUCAGAGCAUUUGAUGUAUAAAAUAAUAUGAUUGUUUUACAAGUGGCUCUUGCCAUGCUAAAUUUCACAUUGAAUUUUAGUGGUCAGUGUAAGAACUGAGUUCAAAGACAGACUUCUCAAAUGUUCCACAUUUUAGUUGGCUUUUGGAAAUAAUUAUAUCACAGUUUUGGAGCCAAAGUUCUUUAGCCAUAACUAACACAGUACCUUUCUCUGACUGCCUUUCUGCUUUUUUUUCUAUAUGUGUGGCAUUUGUAUGUAGCAGAUGCCUUCUAAACGGUCUCUAAUUUAAAACUCUGUUGUAAAUACUAGGGAUAACUUGCAUAUAUAUUUUAUUUUGGUAAGUGUUUUGUAACAUUAUACCUUCUGUACCGUGCUUUGUGCAUCUCACCCCGUGUGUGCUGUUACACAUGUUGUAAAUGAAGUGUCCUGGCUGCAGAGCAGAGGAAUUGGCUGUUGACGGCUGAAGUACAAUGUAUAGGACAGCAGUAGCUUGAUGUUCAUUUGUUCUGGAGUAACUGCAUUGCAAGGUUUAUUUGCUCUUUGAAUGUUGUUUGUCAAAUGAAUCUAUUUUCUGGAAAUGAGUACAGACAUACAUUCCUAUUAUUUUUCUCUUAUUGUACAUGGUUGAAUUAAAUAAUAUACAAAGCUGAA